AUGCUCUCGCAGGCAAGUACAUUUUCACUUGAAAACGAUUACAGCAUAAACAAGAAGACUGUUCCAGAACCAUUCAAAGAGGAACAAAUAAAGCUAAGUAAGAACGAAGCUAACUUUAUCAAUGAGGAAGGAUGCUCCUUUGCCUCUCCUAGGUUUGUCUAUUUGCAGGAUGUCUUACUCAAAAGUAAAGAUAGGGAAGUCUCGGAAGAAGACCUGUAUGAAAACAAUGGAGGCACCUCCCUUGUUGUAACCACAGAUAACAAAAUAAUCAUCGCUAGCGACACCAGACAUAGCUCCGACUACACCAUAAACUCCAGAAAAAUGACUAAAAUAUUCAAGAUAGGAGAAUUCUAUCUUGCUACCACAGGAUUCUUUGCUGAUAGCUUUGAAGUUUAUACAAACUUAAUGUAUCAGGUAAAGCAAUACGAAACAUACAGCAGAAUCACCCUCAAGGCAUUGGCACAUCUUCUCCAUAACCUGCUAUAUUCUAAAAGGUUUUUUCCAUACUACUCAUAUGCUAUUUUAUGCGGGUUUGACAAUGGCACGGCGACAGUUUACUCUUAUGAUCCUGUAGGAUCGUAUGAUAAGACUCGAUGCAGAUGCAAUGGCUCAAGCUCUGUUAUGAUACAGCCAUUGCUGGACAGCUGGAUUAUGGGAAAGAACUUUAAGGACUUCAAAGAACCAUCAUUCUCAGAGACAUUGGAACUUGUAAAGAAGGCCUUUGAUGCAGCCUCCGAAAGAGAUGUGAAAACGAAAGAUUAUUUAGAAAUCUAUGUUAUUGAGAAAGACUCAAUGUCGCAUGAGCUUAUACCACUUCGAAAGGAUUGA